CGGCGAUAUGUGUGUACUGCUCCGGAGUGUGGAAAGUGCUUCGUUAGAGGAGAACACUUGAAGAGACAUGUCAGGAGUCUGCAUUCGUGGGAGAAACCACAUAAAUGCCUCCACCCCGGAUGCAAUAAGUCGUUUAGCAGGAGAGACAAUCUCGGACAACACGCUCGCGUUCAC